AUGAAGUUGUCCAGAGCCGGUUUUGGCCUCAUCAGCGUGCAAAGUAGCACUUUUGAAUGUCCAUCCUGGUGCGAAUGCCCCAGGGAUAACAUCGCCAAAUGUAACGAAAUUCCCGAUUUCAGCUGGACUUUGGUCAGUCAGAUACCAGAGUCGACAACUCAUUUACAGCUCAAAAGCAAUGGAAUCAAAGAACUGAACGCAAAUAGUUUUGAGUCACUUGAAAAUCUAGUGUAUUUGGACUUGGAUGGGAAUAAUAUAGCUCACAUCGAUCAAGCAGCUUUUAGCCCUCUUUUGGAUCUUAAAAUUUUAUGGCUGUCAAAUAAUGCAAUCACAGAACUGCCCGACGAUGUGUUCUACGACAACGAAGAACUCGAACAAAUCAAUCUCGCCGAGAACCAGCUCGAAUACGUCCAGCGACUUAUGUUUGCCGAUUUAGAAAAUCUCAAAGCGAUCUUCUUGAAUUCGAACAAAUUGAAUUUCAUCCACGCUAAUGCAUUCGAAACGAAUGAAAAGGUGGAGCGUUUAUUUCUUCAUGGGAACAGGCUCACAACAGUUGAGACUGGGUGGUUUGCUGAGCUCGACAACUUGAAAGAAUUAUACUUGGACGGAAAUCAAAUCAACUGCAACUGCGGAAUUCAGAAGUUCAUUGACUUUGCUAACGAAAAGAAGCUUUGGGACCUGAUGGAUAAUAACAUGCCUACUUGCUCAGGACCCGUCGGCUAUGAGCGCAGAAAACUUACGGAAUUACAGAAAGAUGAAAUUGUUACUACAUGUUCUGAACCUGUAAUUACCAGUGACAUUCACGAGGUUACCGUGAAUUUGAAUGAAGAUAUAAAAAUUCCGUGUUUUGCGCGUGGCGAGCCGACCCCGGAUAUAAGUUGGUUCUUUACGAGUGCGUCUGGGCCCGAGAAAGAUGUGGACGUGGGCACAGAUGGAACAGACGGUACCCUCUUCAUUCCAAAAGCUCGAUUAGAGGACAGCGGAACUUACACGUGCAUCGCGCAAAGUUAUAUCAACGAUCAGGUGAAGGAAGAUAAGAUGGUUGUUCGAGUCAAUGUUAUGGAGCAAUCUGAAUCGCCGCUCGAGCCUUUAUCCCCAGACGCGAAUCCGGAUAAUUACAGAGAACAAAAUAAAGAGAUCGACAGAUUUGCUCUACCACCGGAAAAAGAAAAUUAUGAUGACAAAGACUACAAUGACGACGAUGAUGAUGACGACUACGAUGACGAUGAUUACGAUGACGAUGAUGAUUAUGACUCACUAGAAGAUCUUUGCCCGGAAGACUGCUAUUGUGACAAAUUUAAUUCAGAUAGGUUCAUUGACUGCAAAGAUGUUGAUCUGAACACCAUCCCAAAGGAUAUCGGGGCUAUGAACCCUGCACAUCUCGACCUUCGCGACAACGACAUCACAACUAUCGAUGAAGAAUCCCUCGAAAACAUGGAAGAGUUGAUCGAACUUAACUUGGACGGAAACGAAAAUAUUCAAAUUGACAGAGAUGAUUUCUAUGUUCUCGACAGCCUCAAGAUCAUUACUCUUUCGAAAACUGGGCUAUCACAGAUUGGCUCGAUGUUUAUGGAUAUGGACAGCUUGGAGAAAGUUGUGCUUACAAACAAUAAUCUCAGAUCUCUUCAUCGAGUUAAUUUUCAAGAUUUGACAAAUCUUCAAAAACUUUAUCUUGGGAAUAAUCAGAUUGACACCAUCGAUCCGGAGACCUUCCUUUCUCUCCACAAUCUUAAGUAUCUCUACCUGGCCAACAAUAGAAUCCACCGAAUCGACCCUCUCUGGUUCUCGGCUUUCACCGAUCCGAUCAUAAUCCGAGUCGACCUGAAAGGCAACCCUAUUGCCUGCGAUUGCCAAUCUCUCGGUGGGUUUUCUGACUAUGUUAGAACCCAUGACUGGCUGUUGGAUCCUGUCCUGGAUAUUGAUGGAGAGACCUGUUUUUAUCAAGGAAAAGAAGUCGACUUGCUUGAUGCUAUUGAUGAAAUAAUUGAUGAAAAAGAGGAGAAUCCAAAAUUCUGCGAAGAAAGUGAUGAACGCGACCGAGUUCAGGCAAAGGCGAAGCUUGACGAGGACAUGAAGCUCGAGCGAAUUAAAGAAGCAAUAGCCGAACAAGAAAAGAACCAAAAAGCAAAUGUUCUCCGUCCAAUCGACGAUAGGAUCGGCUCCGACUACAACAUCGAUGAUCACGCGACAGAUCAUUUUGAGACUAUCACUCAAAGUAAAUCUACGCAGAAAAUCAGCAACACUCACUGGGUCAUCACUACUUUUCUGUCCUUCGUCGGAGUGUUCCUUUUUGUUACGUUCAAGCGCUGGAGAAACUACUUCCUCCGAUGUAUUUUCAACCUCUGCGCGGAUAAUAACUCCCUCCAGCAAAUUCUAGCGCGGACGGGAGGAGGCGACAGACCUUAUUAUAGACCUAGCUAUUCAUAUUCAUUUACUGACAGAGCGUCAAGUCGAGAGACAUUGAUUUAA